AUGACAAGCGGAGACAACCCCUCGAUUGAAAAUAUCCUGAAGUCCGACCGAACUGUUGUCCGAUUUGCCGUGCUCCAGGGAUUCCCCGGGCGCUACGACAACAGGGGCAAGCUUGGCUUCCUUGGGUGUGCAAAGCGACCAACCGUGCUCAAGCUGGUAGCGCUACCACAAACUGGCAGCCGCUGA